AUGCAGGAUUUAUUUUUUUUUUUCCGCCUGAUAUGUUUAGCUGAUGCGCCAUGUCAAAAAUCAUGUCCAACAUCAAUUGAUAUAAAAUCAUUUAUAACAUCAAUUUCAAAUAAAAACUAUUAUGGAGCUGCUAAAGCAAUUCUAUCCGAUAAUCCAUUAGGUUUAACAUGUGGAAUGGUCUGUCCAACAAGUGAUCUUUGUGUCGGUGGAUGUAAUUUAUAUGCUAGUGAAGAAGGUCCUAUUAAUAUUGGUGGUUUACAACAGUUUGCUGUUGAUAUUUUUAAAGCAAUGCAUAUUCCAGCAAUUCGUGAUCCAUGUGAAGAUGGCAAAAUACUUAAUGAUAAAUAUUCAAGUAAAAUAGCAUUGAUUGGUUGUGGUCCAGCAUCAAUAUCAUGUGGAACAUUUCUUGCUCGACUUGGUUAUAAAGAUUUAACAAUAUAUGAAAAAUAUGAUUAUUUAGGUGGUCUUAGUUCAGCAGAAAUUCCACAAUAUCGUUUACCAUAUGAUACUGUUAAUUUUGAAAUUGAACUUAUGAAAGAUUUAGGUGUAAAAAUUAUAUCUAAUAAACCAUUGACAAUUGAAAAAGAUGGUUUAACAAUAAAAAAAUUAUUUGAUGAACAUGGAUAUAAAGCAAUUUUUGUUGGUAUUGGUCUUCCAAAUCCAAAUAUUGAUCCAAUAUUUCAAGAUUUAACUACAAAUGAAGGUUUUUAUACUUCAAAAAAUUUCUUACCAAUUGUUGCAAGAUCCAGUAAAGCAGGAAUGUGUGCAUGUAAAUCUGCAUUACCUAUUUUUACUGGUAAUGUAGUUGUACUUGGUGCUGGUGAUACAGCUAUGGAUUGUGCAACAUCAGCUAUACGUUGUGGUGCCAAAAAAGUAUUUGUUUGUUUUCGAAAAGGAUUUAAUCAAAUGCGUGCUGUACCAGAAGAAGCUGAUGUUGCAGCUGAAGAACGAUGUGAAUUUAUACCAUUUUGUUCACCAAAACAAGUUAUUAUCAAAAAUGGAAAAAUAAUAUCAAUGGAAUUUGUUAAAACUGAACAAACAGAAGCAGGUACCUGGAUUGAAGAUCCAGAACAAAUAAUACGUUUAAAAUGUAGUUAUGUUAUUUCAGCAUUUGGUUCAACAUUAAGUGAACUUCCAGUCAUUCAAGCACUUGAACCUGUAAAAUUAGAUAAAUAUAAUUAUCCUGUUGUUGAUUUAAAAACAAUGUCAACAAGUGUACCGGGUGUAUUUUGUGGUGGUGAUAUAGCUAACGUAGCUAGUACAACAGUUGAAAGUGUUAAUGAUGGAAAAACAGCUGCUUGGCAUGUGCAUAGAUUUAUUCAAGGUGAUGAAAAUAUUCCACUUGUACCACAAUUACCAAAAUUCUAUACAGCAAUUGAUAAAGUUGAUGUUAGUAUUGAAAUUUGUGGUAUCAAAUUUCCAAAUCCAUUUGGACUUGCUAGUGCACCACCUGUAACAUCAGGUCCAAUGAUUCGACGAUGUUUUGAAGCUGGUUGGGGUUUUGUUGUAACAAAAACAUUUUGUCUUGAGAAAGAUAUUAUUACAAAUGUAAGUCCACGUAUGGCUCGUGGUACAACAUCAGGUCAUAUGUAUGGACCAGGACAAGGUUCAUUUAUAAAUAUUGAACUUAUUUCGGAGAAAACAACUGAAUAUUGGCUUCUUUGUAUAAGAGAAUUAAAAAAAGAUUUUCCUGAUCGAGUUAUAAUUGCAUCAAUUAUGUGUAGUUUUAAUGAACAAGAUUGGACAGAAUUGGCAAAAUUAACUGAAGAAGCAGGUGCAGAUGCAUUAGAGCUCAAUCUUUCAUGUCCACAUGGAAUGGGUGAAAAAGGUAUGGGUUUAGCCUGUGGUCAAAAGCCUGAACUCGUUCUUAAUAUUUGUAAAUGGGUUCGAGCUGCUAUAAAAAUUCCAUUUUUUGCUAAAAUGACUCCAAAUAUAACUAAUAUUGUUGAGAUUGCUCAAGCAGCAAAAGACGGUGGAGCUGAUGGUGUUACAGCAACGAAUACAGUUAGUGGUCUUAUGAGUAUAAGACAUGAUGGAUCAGCAUGGCCAAGUGUAGGAAAAAAUCAAUUCACAACAUAUGGUGGUGUUUCCGGCAAUGCUAUUCGACCAAUUGCUUUAAGAGCUGUUUCUGCAAUAGCACGAGCUUUUCCUGGAUAUCCAAUUCUUGCAACUGGUGGUAUUGAUUCAGCUGAUGCCGGUAUGCAAUUUCUAUAUGCUGGUGCAUCUGCUCUUCAAGUUUGUAGUGCAGUACAAAAUCAAGAUUUUACAUUAAUUGAUGAUUAUAUAACUGGUUUACAAGCAUUACUUUAUUUGAAAUCACUCGAUUUAGAUGGAUGGGAAGGUCAAUCACCUCCAACACCAAAACAAUAUAAGGGUAAAACAAUUCUUGUUAAAGAUCUUAUCGGUUCAAAAUUACCUGCAUUUGGUGAAUAUAAACAACAACGUGAUGAAAUAACACAAAAAUAUCUUCAAGAAGCUGAUAUACUUGAUGAACAAUUUCUACCUGAACAAGUUCGUCCAGCACGACAAUCUCAAAAAGAAGUACCACGUUUAGUAGAUGUUCGUGGUAUGGCAGUUAAUAAAAUGGUUGAAUUUAAACAAUUAGAUCCACGUGAACCAGCUGUUGCUAUUAUUGAUGAUGAUUUAUGUGUUAAUUGUGGAAAAUGUUAUAUGACAUGUAAUGAUUCAGGUUAUCAAGCAAUAAUAUUUGAUCCUAUAACACAUAUUCCAUAUAUAACUGAAGAUUGUACUGGUUGUACAUUAUGUACAUCUGUAUGUCCAAUAAUUGAUUGUAUUACAAUGGUACCAAGAACAACAGUAUAUGAAAUAAAACGAGGUUUCUCGAAACAAAAAGUAGAUGAAAAUACAUCACCACUUGGUCCAAUAAAAGUAUCAAGUUAA